UUUCCUUCCCUUUGUAGUUCAACUUUCACCUACCCAACACCAUAAUCACGUUUCUUCUUCCCUUCAUUGAGGGAGCAAUAGAGGUCACACAUACAAAAUUCUGAAGGCCAUCACCAACUAUGAUGACAAUGGAGAAAGAAAGUAUGGAGAACAACGAGAAACAUGUGACAGAGAAUGAUCCUAAGAUUAACUACAGAGGAUGGAAGGCCAUGCCUUUUAUCAUAGGAAAUGAAACUUUUGAGAAAUUGGGAGCCAUUGGCACCUUGGCCAAUCUUUUAGUCUAUCUCACUACUGUAUUCAACCUGAAGAACAUCACAGCCACAAAUAUAAUCAACAUCUUCAACGGCAGCACCAACUUUGCUACCUUCAUAGGUGCCUUCUUAUCUGACACCUACUUUGGUCGCUACAAGACAAUAGGAUUCUGCACAUUCACUUCAUUUCUGGGAUUGCUACUGAUACAACUUACAGCAGUAUUUAAAAAUCUGCAUCCACCUCACUGUGGAAAGGAGAUGAAAACAUGCAUAGGACCAACUGCAGGGCAAAUGGCUUUUCUAGUGUCUGGAUUUGGUUUGCUGCUGAUUGGUGCUGCAGGAGUCAGACCAUGUAACUUGGCAUUUGGAGCUGAUCAGUUCAAUCCCAAUACAGAUUCAGGAAAAAAAGGAAUCAACAGUUUCUUCAAUUGGUACUUUUUUACCUUCACUUUUGCCCAGAUGGUGUCUUUGACACUGAUUGUUUAUGUACAGUCAAAUGUGAGCUGGGCAAUAGGGUUGGGAAUUCCUGCUGCUUUGAUGCUCAUAUCUUGUUUGGUGUAUUUCAUGGGGUCCAAAAUCUAUGUCAAAGUUAAACCAAGUGGUAGUCCCAUUACUGGUAUUGUGCAAGUUUUGGUGGUUGCAGUAAAAAAAAGGAGUCUAAAAUUACCUGCAGAGCAUCCAAUGCUUUCCCUCUUCAACUAUGUGCCGCCCAUGAGUGUUAACUCCAAGCUUCCUUACACGUUUCAGUUCAGGUUAUUGGACAAAGCAGCCAUUGUGACCCCAAAAGAUAAAAUAAAACCAGAUGGAUCUGCAGCAGAUCCAUGGAAUCUUUGCAGCAUACAGCAAGUGGAGGAGGCAAAAUGUGUGGUGAGAGUAUUACCUAUAUGGUUUGCAGCCAUUGUGUACCACUUAGUCAUUGUCCAAAUGCACACUCUCCUAGUGUUUCAAGCCCUUCAAUCCGAUAGGCGUCUCAGAAGAAGCAGCAACUUCAAGAUCCCUGGUGCAUCCUUUAAUGUCUUCUUGAUGUUGAGCAUGACCUUGUGGCUGCCAAUCUAUGACAGAAUAGUGGUCCCUUUUCUCCAUCGAAUCACCGGAAAAGAGGGUGGCAUCACACUCCUUCAGAGGAUGGGAAUUGGCAUUUUUCUCUCUGCAUUGUGCAUGCUAGUAGCUGGUGUAGUUGAAGAGCAUAGAAGAAGUUUGGCUCUGACCAACCCUAUAGGAGUGCAACCAAGAAAAGGUGCUAUUUCAUCAAUGUCAGGUCUAUGGUUAAUUCCUCAAUUAGCACUUGCCGGUCUAUCUGAAUCUUUCACUGCUGUUGGACAAGUUGAAUUUUACUACAAGCAAUUCCCUGAGAACAUGAGAAGCAUUGCAGGGUCACUAUUCUACUGUGGCAUGGCAGGGUCAAGUUAUUUGAGCACUCUUCUGAUUUCAAUUGUUCACAAUACUAGUGAGAAAUCUGCAACUGGGAACUGGUUACCAGAAGAUCUUAACAAGGGGAGAUUGGAUUUCUUUUAUUACAUGAUUGCUGCUCUAGAAAUCAUGAAUUUGGGGUACUUUCUAUUGUGUUCAAAAUGGUACAAGUAUAAGGAAACUGCCAGCAGUAGUAACCUUGAACUCAACCAAGUACCCAAACAAUCUGAAACAUCCACUAUUGGUGUUUAAAAUAAGCUAAGGUUAUGUAUGGAAUUAAUAAUAGUAAUAGGUAGAAUAUAAAAAGUAGUGAUCCUUUUUAGACUAAAGUAUUGUAACAUGGAUUAGCAAACUUUUGAUGUAAUAUUCUUAAUUAGAAAGAACGGAGCAAGGGUUACAAAUUACUAUGCAUGUUUCUUUGACGAGAUUUAAGUUUUAAAAAGAAAAAUAAUUUCCCUCCCA